AUGGACGCCUCCACUCAGUUUCAUGACGCAGUCAGUGGCCAAUACACCAUCGCCGGCCCGCAAGCGUCCCAUGGUGGAUCGAACAACUUCCACUUCUACGGACCCCGUGCACCAGCCGACCCAGCUGAGCGAAAUCCACCUAAACCCCGCAAGCCGUUCUCAACAGUGCCCUUCCCACCUGAUCCCGACUUUGUCAACCGUCCCGAUAUCCUGAAAUGGAUGCAUGAGAAAUGUGCCAGACCUGCUGCUCGGAUCGCGCUCGUCGGCCUUGGCGGCAUAGGAAAAUCGCAGCUUGCCGUUCAAUAUGCGCAUCAAGUCAGGCAGCGCUCGCCCAACACAUGGGUCUUCUGGGUGCAUGCUAGCACCCGAGGGCGAUUCGAGGAGUCCUAUCAGUCUAUCGCAGACAGGCUCGAGCUACCCAGACGGAGCGAUCCCGAUAUUAAUGUCCUUCGGCUGGUAAGCGAGUGGCUCCGCGUCGAGGAGAACGGGCCAUGGGAGAUGAUCGUCGAUAACGCUGAUGAUGCCGAUGUCUUCUUCUCGAUUGCACAGGGACGACUUGCCUCGUUCUUGACGCAGAGUUGUAACGGAUCCAUCGUCGUUACAUCGCGAAGCAUGGAUGUGGCAGAAAGAUUAGUGGGUGGUCGGAGCAACCUCUUUGUGAUACCGGCAAUGGAAAGAGAUGAGGCAUGCCAGCUACUGCGAGGAAAACUCGGACUUAACCAUGACAAUGGAUCCGCAGCUGACUUAGUACGUGUUCUCGACUACAUGCCUCUUGCGAUUACACAGGCGGCCGCCUUCAUCAACCGCCGGGCACCGCGGAUGUCAACAUCCAAGUACCUAGACGAGUUCCGGAGGAGCGACACGAAGAGGGUCAGGCUCCUUGACAGAGAUGCAGGAGAUCUUCGUCGGGACGAGUCCGCCUCCAAUUCGAUCGUGACCACGUGGCAGAUCACUUUCGACCAGAUCCGUCGCGAGAGGUCAUCGGCUGCCGACCUACUCUCCUUCAUGAGCUUCUUCAAUCCCCAAGGAAUUCCCGAGUCUGUGCUCCGAGCUUACAUACGAGACCAGCUGGAGGGCGGCGAAGAUGAUUUUGAGGAGGACCUCGAGGUCCUACGUGGAUACUCAAUGGUGGCGGCAAUGACCGAUAGCGACGUAUUCCAAAUGCAUACCUUGGUGCAGUUUUGCACACAGCUGUGGCUGUCGUCUGACGAGAUGCAGCGGUGGAAGAGGGCGGCUUUGCAGGCGAUGGCGGACCAGUAUCCGACGGGAAAUUAUGAGAACUGGGUAAAGUGUCAGAGUUUAGAUCCCCAUAUCGAAGGGAUUGUUCAGGAAGAGCCAGAUGAUGAGGAAGAUGCUUUGAAGUGUGCUAGGCUCCUUUAUAAUGCAGGGUGGUAUCGAUUAAUGAGAGGAAAGUACGAGGAGGCCGAGGAUAUCCUGCACUUCUGGCCUAGUAGCUAG